UGUGGUUGGAUAUCAGGCGCGGCCAUCAUCGGCACUGUCUCGUGUGUGUGUCUCUUUCACAAACCAAGAGAUAAAUUUAUUAAAUUUUUUAUAAAUUCUUAUUACAAUCAUUGAAAAUUAAUUAUCAUUAUAAAUAUCAUCAAUAUAAAUUAUUAAAAUUGAUAAUACAACAAGAUAAACACUAAAUAUGGCUGAUUUAGAUGAUUUUUUUGCUAAAAAAGAUAAGAAAAAGCCAAAAGGUAAAAAGUUUACAACCACCGAGGAGGUUGCUAAGAAAUUAGUAGAAACGGGAAAGCUGGUUAUUGAAAAACCAAAAUUAAAAGAAAAAUCAACUAAUAAUCCUGAAGAUGAAGGAAGUGAAAAUCCACAAAUUGAGGAAGAAGAUGAAUGGAGAGAAUUUGAAGAGAAAGGUAAAACUGAUCAUACUGGUUUGAAAAUUGGUCAAAUGAAAAUUGAUGUUAAUGCUGAUGGUAGUACUAAUGAUAAUGAUAAAGGAACUGGUAAUGACAGUGAUGAAAAUGAAUAUGGUGAAGGUGGUUCAUCAGCAAGUGCAUGGAAAAAAAAUGAUGAACAAAAAGAAACAACAAGUGAAACAAAUGCACCAAUUGUACAAGAAAAAACAAGUGUUACUAAAACAACUGGUCCAACUGCAUAUAAACCACCAGGUUUAAGAAAUCAACCAGCAAUGUCAACAGGUAGAUCAAGAAUGAAAAAUGUUGCACCAGAUAUACGUAGUGAAGAAUAUUUUCCAACAUUAAGUGCUAAGCAGCCAAGUGCUGAACCAGUAAAUACAUGGGGCAGAAAAAAACGUGAUGAAGGAACAUUUGAAGAAGUACGUAAUCGAGGCUCCAGUAAAGCAUACAGUCUACAAGAAUCACAAUCACAAGCUCCAAAAUUAUCACUUGACAAUAAAUUUGGUGCAUUAUCGCAAGAUCAAAGCUGAAAUUAUCAUAAAUUAAAUGACAAAAAAUUUAUCAUUACAACAUCAUUGCUUCGCACCAUUUCGUAGCCCAAUCAUCAAUCAAAUAGGCAUAAUAAUUAUAUAUAUAUUAUUUUUUUUUUUUUUUUUGUGUUUUCCAUAAUUUAGAAAAAUUGUUAAUUAACAAUUAUCUUGUUCAUCCAAAAGAAAAAAAGAAAAACUAAAUUAACAAUUAACAUAAUAGAAGAAGAAAAAGCAAAACUAAAUUAACAAGAUUUAAAAUGAAACAAAAAAAAAUUGAAUAAAAUUAAGUUAUAACGCAAUUUGCUAAUGAGAAGCGACUUUUUUUUUAGAUAUAUAAUAUAUUAGGUGAUUAUUAUGAAAAUUGACUCGAUGAUUUGAUUAAUAAUAAUAAGUUUCAAAUAAUUAAAAAAAAGAAAAAACAUUUUUUAAAAAGAAAAAAAAAAAAAAACAUUUCCGAGUCAUUGUUGUCAAUCUGUAUGCACAACGCCGAAAAAUAAAACUAAAUAAUAAUAAAUAAAAUAAUUAAAAAAAAAAAA